GCUUCCUUGGCAAAAAAAAUAGUUUUAAAUUUGAUGCGACAAUGCAGCAGUUCAGUUCGCGGGAGAAGUAUAUGGUAUCCAACACCUUGAAUUGCUGGCCCGUGAUGCUGCAGGGCCACUCCGUGCUCAUAGAUCUGCAGAACGAGACCUCCGUGGCCGGGAUCAUCGACAUAGCCGAUGGGCACAUGACCUGCGAACUCACCCAUGCAGUUUUCAUCGAUCGCAAUGGAGGUCAGCAUCCCUUUGAUCACUUCAUGGUGCGGAAUCGCAUGAUCCGGCAGAUACACAUACCCACGCACUUGGAUGCCGAGCAGGAGCUUCGAAAGGCCAUGGAACGGGGUGUCCUGCGAAGGACCCGAGUGGAACCCAAAAAGGGAAAGCGCACUUUCAAGCAAAAGCGAGCGGAAAUGCGACACAAGGAAACCCUGCAGAUGAUCUCCCAGCAGAAAAAGGAACAAAAAGAAACGUAGACUAUAUAGGCCCCCUAAUCAUGAAUAUUUAUUUCCAAAAAUAUAAACUGUCCAAUGUUAAUCGAAAGGCAGAAGUAAGAAAA